AUUUUUUCAUACACAGUGGAUCGAUCUCGUAGAUAUAGAGGCGACGUACGCGACGACACACAGCAAGGCCAAAUUAUAUUUCAAGCCGUAUAAUUUCCGCUUCAUCGUUUCGAUUUCAUUUUUUACAGCCGAACUUCACACAGCCACUUUAAUACAGCCAUGACAGCUGAAUACAAGAAACUGGGAAAGGGUCAGGACUUGGAGAGUGGAAUGGGAUCACCCUUCUUAGACGACCCAAAUGAAUCUUGUAAUAUGGCACCACAAGCUCAAGUGAUGGGUCAGGCAAGGUUUGGCCAGCAGCCAAAUGACCAUCUUCUCUUUGCCAUACUCACAACUGUAUUCUGCUGUAUCCCGUGUGGCAUUGUAGCAAUCGUCAAGUCUGUGGAUGUUCGUAAUAAAUGGCUGGUUGGUGAUGUCGUAGGAGCUACGCAGUCUGCAAGAGCAGCCAAGCGAUAUUCAGUGUGCAGUCUUGUAUUUGGUGUUCUCUUCUUCUGCUCCUAUGUUGGGAUCAUGGGGGCAUUUGCCAUUUACAGCAUAAAAGCUAUGAAAGAGAUGGGAGAGCUCGGGCAACCUAACGGUAAUCAACUCACCAUCCUCCAUCAAUUACAGGAUCAGCAAGGGUAAAACCCAUAGGGGCUUGGUGCACACCAUGCAUCGAAGAGUUAGAAAUUAUCCUCAGCCUCAACUUCAUCUCUCAAUUUGUAGGAUAAUGUUCGAGGAAUGUGCAUCAUGUAGACGUGCUUACCUAAAUCCUUUUGCUUAACCGAGUUCCACAUUCGUUUAAUAAGCUAUUCUCAGAUAAUACGUGGUUCCCAUCAUUGCCAUAUUUCUAAUACAGCUUUUUCUGAGCUCCACUUAAAAUUCAUCUGCAUAUAUAAAUGAAAAAAUUGAAAUGAUGCAUUUUCUGGAAUCACCCCAAUAUAAAGAAAAAAAACAACUUCUAAAAUGUAAAAGAAAUAUAUAGUGAUAAAUUUGAAAAACGCCACUCACCAAUUUGAUUUAUUCUGUUUGUGUCCCACCAGUGUCUCUUCCACUUAGCUUAGACCAAAAUAAUUUAAUAUUACCUGUUGAAUUUACAUGUAGUACCAGUAAACUGCUCUGGACUGUGUUUUACAAAUCUUUGUAAAGGUCCUGACUCACAUUGUUCCGUGCAAACCUUGCUUAUGAGUUGCAGGUGAUUGCCCGCAACAAAGUUUUGAGCUUGUUCAAAACUUUUCUACGGGGAAACUGCGUGUGAGAUGCGUGCGAGAUACUGUCAACGCGGGCGACC